AUGGCGUCUCCUAAGCCAGCUAGAGACUAUGUCUACUUGCUCGUCGUGCUCUUGCACUUGAGUGCGAUGCUUGGCGUUGAUUUUGUCCCAUUCUACCCCCAGUCUCUCUGCCAACCCCCAGGCUCACCUCUUCACUUUCUCGUUGCCUAUCGCCAGUGGUACAUUACCACCAUGUCUGACCCGUACUACCAUAUUGAGACUCCUGGACACUUCUUCGAUUUCCUUGUCUAUGUCGAGCUGCUGGUGCAGUUCCCCAUUGCUUUGUAUCUCACUCGAGCACUGCUGUCGAAACAGCGUCUCUCUGGUCCUGGUGAGCUUGCAGCCAGUGUCUACGGUAUAGUCACCGGUCUCUGCACAGCCAUUGUGUGUCACAACAUGUAUCACCUAGGUCCUGAGGUCAUCAGUCAUGAGGCCAAGCAGACUCUAUUGUAUGCGGCAUACCUACCAUAUGCCGUGCUGCGUUAG